AUGGCGAACGACAAGAUGAAGAAGUCCCUGUAUCAUGAGAUGUUGCGGAGUGAUAUCCACCAGUUUGUGAACCGCUCCAGCUGCAAUAUGCUGGAGGACAUGAUUGCGAGGGCUCGUGAGAGGGAGAUUGAUUUAAAGAUGGAGAGGAAGAGGAAGCUAGAUUCGGUAUCUGGCAUGGAGGGCUCGGGCAAGAAGCCCAAGAUAGAUUCCCGAGGGAAGGGCCAGCAGGGUCGAGGCCGUUGCGGCAAGUGUGGUAGGUUGCACGAGGGGACGUGUAGGGCGGGGAGUUCAGGCUACUUCAAAUGCGGCCGAACAGGACAUGUGAGCAGGGAUUGUACUGCUACUUCUACCACUAUUACCACCGCAUUAUAUGAUAUGAUUUGCUUUCAGUGCAAUCAGAGGAGCCACAAGAGGUCUCGGUGUCUGAGUUUAGCAGCAGUAGGGAAGGUGACGGCACUCACCCCUGCUACAUUGAGGAUUACAGACGGUCGUCAAUGUCGGGCUGAGGCACCAGUGAUGAAGAGCAGAGCCUUCCAGUUGACAACAAAGGAGGCACGAGCAACUCCUGAUGUGUUUAUAGGGUCGUUCUUAGUGAACGGCAUAUCAGCCAUGGUACUGUUUGAUUCGGGUGCUACCCGAUCUUUUGUGUCCCUCGCACUUAGCAAGCGGUUUAGUAGAGCUCCAAGGGAGUUGGAUUGUCCAUUCGAUGUAGAGAUAGCAGAUGAUAGGACCGUCAGGGUCACGACGGUUCAUAGAGGAUGUACGCUACUGUUAUUUGAUGAGUAG